AUGGGGGGGGUGCCUGCCAAGCACGGUGACAUCCUCAACGCCUGCGGUAAAGCGGACAAGGAGCCGCACCUGCGCAUAUAUCUACAGAUGCCUCGCGGCAUGCCAGUCUCGGAGGAGACGCUACGAUCGCAAAGCGUUUCGGACGCGAGCGAGCUGGUGCUGGAGCUGCGGAAGAGCCUCUACGGGCUCAAGCAGGCAGGCCGGCUGUGGAACCAGCUGCUGCACUCGAAGCUCUCUAGUGCCGGUUUCACGCGGUGUGAGAGCGACAUGUGUUUCUACUGGAAGCGUGACGGCGACGACCUCGUCGUGGCCGGCGUGUACGUAGAAGAUCUUCUAGCGACAGGGACGAGCGCGGCAGCGGCCGAGCGGUUCUUUGCAAGCCUCGCGUCGUUGUCGAUCAAGGACCUGGGGCGUGCCAGCAAAUCUCUGGGAAUGCGCGUGACGCACAACGGUCAGAAUGGGCACACGCUCGAUCAGGAGGAGGCCAUCAGAAAUCUCCUACGCGACAACGGACUCGCUGACGCCAACUCGACGUAUACGCCGAUCGACGACAGCUGCUACAAGUUGGAGGAGGGCGACGCGGAGCUUCUUGAGACUCCAAGCGCGUAA